AUGCCUGCCGAAGGGACGCUGGCUCAGCAGGCCCACCAACUGCGUCCGUAUACAAUACAGAGUAUUACGAACGCUACACCACCAAAGAACAAGUACACCCGUAAUCCCAAUAUGCUCAUUGCAGUGUCUCAGAAAGUCAUGAGGACUCAGGGAUGAAGCAAAAGGCUCAUAUCUAAAGUACGGUGCUCGCGCUCGCAUGUUGAGUGACAAAGAUGCAGAAAAUUACUUUAGCCGUUAAUAGUUCGACGAGCGGCACAGAUUUGCGGCGCCUCUCAACGAAUGGGUGUUGAUCCCAUUUGGAAGGGAAUGGACUUGUCCCUUGUUGUGGGGGUACAUGACAACUUUGUUUGAUUCAUUGCUAUUGCUCUUGCCCUCGGGCUUAAGCUGGGACCAUUUUCGUUCCUUUCUCAGCCAUGCCGUGCCGGAAGUUCUGGUGCGUUUCUUCUCCUGAACCAUGACUGAACUUGUCUAGCAAUCUAACGAUGGUUGCCGCCUCAAUAUAUUAAAAACACGGCUAGCCGACCCCAAACUAACCAAAGCCAAAGGUGAUCACUGCACGAGCUGCACAGCAUAACACAACAUAGCAGUGAAUGAGAACAGAGCGGUAUCAUCAAUGAAUGGGGCAGGGAACCCGGUGAUUAUUUACACGCGGCCUACACUCACGCAUUCACGUUCCUGAAAAGGUCAAGCAGGGAAUAGCAGUGGAGUAAGCGCGGUGGCAUGGCUCAUGGCUCCUCAUGGGUUCAAGCUCAUGAUUGACGGACAACUCAUGAGGCAAGCAGCAUUUCAAAGAUGGAGUUGCACCACUGUUGCGGGUUGGGUAAGUACAAAUAAGUGAAGGUUCCGACACACCAUCUGUUUGGAUGGCUCAGGACUUGUCGGACAAGCGAGCAUGCAACACAAUGAAUAAGAGGGAAAUGCUGAGUUGAACUCAGGUCGAUAUGACUGUCCACCACACAAAUUAUUACAGUACAUAGAACAACAGCA